AUGCCCUGUGAGGGACCCCAGUGGUUUCAUGCAAACGAAGGCCCCAGCCUCGCAACUGGAUCCGUCCCAGGCUCAUCUCGGCAGCGCUUCCCUGCAAUCAGAAAGUGCCCGGACAGAGCCAUGGCGCUGAGGGCCCCAGCCUGCAGAGGCAGGGGCUGACGCUGAACCCUCUCGGCUGUGGUGUCAGUGAAGCCGCUGGGGCUACUCGCCUCGGGGGGACUGGGAAGAAGGGUUGGUCCUGUCCUCCCCCGCAGCGCGCCGCUCUCGCACCCAGGGGGCUCCGUGGCGCCCGCCUGCAGGAGGGAGGGUUCGCCACUGGAGGUCGCGGGCGAGCAAGGCUGGCCAGGCGGGGGCCCGGCUCGGGUCUCCCGGGAAAGGCGGACCGUUCCCCGCCGCCGCCGGCGGGAGCAACGCGGAACCAGCGCCGUGCAAAGAGCCGCGGCGGCUGCCCGGGCUGGAGGCGGCUCAGAGCCCGCUGAGGAGGAUGGGGAAGCGGGAGCCCUAAGCGCCCGGCUGCCCAGGGGGGUCCGCCUUGCCCGUCGGAGCCGGGGCCAAAUGAAGCAGCCCCCGGCGGCGAGGUAGCCUCUCCCGCGCCCGCAGCCCAGCCCCAUGAAGCUCGUCUAGCGGAGGAGGAGGGGAGAAGCCGGAGCCGAGCCCUUCUCACUCGCGCCGUCCCCAUGGCGAAGGAGAAGCCCAGGAAGGCUUUGCGGGAGCUGCUCCAGCGACCGGGCAACCAGCUGUGCGCGGACUGCUCGGCACCGGAUCCAGACUGGGCAUCGCAUACCCUAGGAGUGUUUAUCUGUUUAAAUUGUUCAGGAAUCCAUCGCAAUAUCCCGCACGUCAGCAAAGUGAAAUCAAUCAGUUUAGAUUCGUGGGAUGAUGUUCAAGUUGAGUUUAUGGCUACAAAUGGAAACAAUGUAGCAAAAGCAAGAUAUGAAUCUAAAAUACCACCAUUUUAUUACAAACCAACAUUUCCAGACUGUCAACUGCUACGAGAACAGUGGAUCAGAGCCAAAUAUGAAAGAAAAGAAUUCAUUUACACUGAGAAGCAAGAGCCUUAUUCUGCAGGAUACAGAGAAGGGCUUCUUUGGAAAAGAGGACGUGACAAUGGGCAGUUCUUAAACAGAAAAUUUGUGUUAUCCGAACGGGAAGGUGCACUGAAGUACUUCAACAAAAAUGACGCAAAAGAACCCAAAGCAAUUAUGAAGAUUGAACAUUUAAAUGCGACUUUCCAGCCUUCAAAAAUAGGGAACCCACAUGGACUGCAAAUCACUUACUUGAAGGACAACAGCACAAGGAAUAUCUUUGUCUAUCAUGAGGAUGGCAAGGAAACAGUGGAUUGGUUCAAUGCCAUCCGUGCGGCACGGUUCCAUUAUUUACAAGUGGCGUUCCCUGGAGCUAGUGAUGUCGAUUUGGUGCCAAAGCUUUCUAGGAACUACUUGAAGGAAGGUUACAUGGAAAAAACUGGGCCAAAGCAAACGGAAGGUUUCAAGAAGCGAUGGUUCACCAUGGACGACCGAAGGCUCAUGUAUUUCAAAGAUCCUCUGGAUGCCUUCGCUAGAGGGGAAGUAUUUAUUGGGAGCAAGGAAAACAGCUACAAGGUCCUGGAAGGACUCCCACCAUCCACCCAGGGAAAUCACUGGCAAUAUGGGAUAACCAUUGUGACCCCAGACAGAAAAUUUCUCUUUGCUUGUGAUACAGAAAGUGAUCAGCAAGAAUGGAUUACAGCUUUUCAGAAAGUCAUAAGCAGGCCAAUGCUGCCUCAGGAAUAUGCAGUGGAAGCCCAUUUCAAGCAUAAACCUUAGCUGGGACUGUCAGAGCAGACGCAAGGAAUGAGAUUAUGUUUACAACACAAGACGGUUUUAUUUGAAAUGUUAAAAAAAUAAAUAAAAGAAAAUUAGAAACCAGUCAUUUACUUAAUCCUGCUGGAAGCCAAGAAGUCAGCGGCAAACAUCACAUAGAAGCUGCUGGGCCAUAGCAAAAACAAACCGUGCACUUCUCUAGGUAGGCGCUGCGGGGAUCUUGUUUACAGCACUACCUAAUGCUCAUCCAUAGGCUACACGUCCAUGUGCCACCAUUUUGUAUAUCUCACUCCAUUAGAUAAAGAAUUACCACAAAUGCCUGAGCAUGUUGUCAACAUAGUAGACUCUGAAUAAUGUGCACCAGGAUGCCCCUGGGUCUGUGCUAACUUGUAAUAAUAACACAACCCAGUCCAGAGUGGUCCGGAAUGCUUGUGAAACAAAUUUGGUUGUAUUUCAUAAGUAGCAUUUUCACAAGGUAUUGAUGAUUGACUUGAAAACAUGAAUGGCACAUCCCAAAGGUAUGGUGUACUUGAUAGUCUGCAAACAUGGUCAAUGGCUAGAAAUAACUGAUGCAAAACAUCCCAUGGAAUAUGGAAAUGAGCAACUUAGCUCUUGAUGAGAAGAGAAGAAAAAGCACUUCAUAUUAUAUCUCUCAUAUAUAGACCUCUUCAAAAACCAGUUAUACUAAUGAUGACUGAGUUUUGGCUACCUGCCUUUUAUCUUCUGUAAUGAUUCAAUAGUUUAGAUCAGGAAUGGUUCUAAUUUGGUCCUCGUUUAUCAGAUCUGAACUUUCCCAACAUUCUGGAUAGUCUGGACCUGGUAUUGUCACAGGGGUAAAUUUGUGAAGUUCUGAUCCGACAUUAAAGUCUCUCCAAAGCUCACAUCUCUGGCCUCGCUAUCAGUCUCUAGUUUAGACACAUUAGUCUUUGGCAUACCUUCUCCUGGUGGAGCCAGGGUAUUUGAAUUCAACAGGGUUUUCCCUGGUGAACUCACUGUCCCAACUUUCUUUUUACAAAGCAUUUUCUCAUCUCCCAAGAGAUCAUGAAGUCCUAACAGAAUAUAGAGCACAAGCUUAAAACACAGAGUAAAAAUCCCCAUUGUCUUUAAGUGAAGGGAAUGAUAAAUUAUAACCAGAAAGGAGAAUUUGAAGUUAGCGGUGAUGCACCAGAAAGGAGAAUAAUAUGCUCUGUGGUGUGGAUGGUGCAAAUGCUUUAAAAAGGAAGUAACAUAAAUACUGCUCUUUAGAUGCUUAAAUUAAGGUUCCCAAUCGUAAAUUGCCUCUGUGUUAUUCCAUACAGACCGUGUAUUCUGGACAGGGUCUCAGAUGCUUCCUUUUUUAUUCUGUUUGGUGGUUAAGUGACUAACUGUUUUGCUUUUGUUCAAAGUGUGGUGAUGAGGAAAUGAUUUGUCAAGACAUUUUAUUGUCGCCAAAGGCUUAGGAGAGCAUUCUCCUCACACCAUCGUGUGGCUCACUGUUGCAUUAAGUAUCACUCCCAGCAAAGAGCUUUCAGUGACACCCAGGAUGCUGGCAUCAGAGAUAUGCAGCGUACCUUGGAGAAAUGAACAUAGCCCACACUUUGAACAGAAUCCAUUGAAGACUUGAUCCUGCAUCCCUUGCACAAUGGAAGUGCCUUUGGGCUUCAAUCGGGGGGUAAGGAAUACAGGAUUGGGGGUAUAUUUCGGGCAUGAUUUAAAGUAUGACUCGGUGCAGAUGCGCAUGCCAAUUGCACAGAUCACUCCUUCGAACAAUUCCUUCUGUAUUGCCAGUACCUGUCCAUGACCUUAACAUGCUAUCUCGGCAUUUCUUUAGAUGUGGAGAGGCUGAGCUGAAUGAGGUACUAGCCAAAACAAAGGGCUCUAUCCAUAGCAGGUCCAGCCAGAUGUCUUUACAGUGCAUUGCAGAAGCACACCAUGACUUGAAGAAUAUUGCAUGUGUACUUCCUCGGAAGCUCAGACAAAAUGGCAUUUUGAAAUAGUUCAGCUUCCGUGGUCUUGUGAUGUGUAAAUGUUGCUAAUGACUCAUUCUCAAGCUAUCAUAAAGGUGAAUUUAUAAAUAAAUUGAUGUACUGUAAGUGACCCUCACACCUUGUAAGUAAUGCUAACUUUAUGUAGGCUAGUUUCAAAUGGGAUUUUAAAAAGAAAUCUGUGGGGUUGGCCUCCUUAGCGGCUUAUCAAAGUGCACAUCCAGGAAGUGCCCGUGACUGACAAAGGAAUGUCAGCUCAGAGAAAUCCUGCAAUGACCGUGGCAUGUGUCUGUAGGAACACUGUAGGCCUACACAGUGGAGUGUGAGAAUUCAGCAUUUGGAGUCAGACGAUAAGCACACACGAAAGUCACUGUCCUUCAGCUAGGCACAUGCAACCCUGGUCCUGUUUGCAGGGCAUCAUGGGUCUAAUUAUAGUUCAGAGCUUUCCAGUUUACUCCCAAGAGAAAACAUUGCACAAAAGCUGGGGGGGAUUGAGAAAUACCCUCCUAAUGCAUCUGCAUGUUGCUAUUUCCAUGCUGGGAUGGGACGCAAAAGUGAGACGAGCUUUGAAAUACACACUUCCCCUCCAGGACCGUACAUCUUCUCAUGACCACGUUCCAUGGCCUCAGACCCGUCAGUGUAUGUUGGGUUUUUAUAUCUUCUCAGCUCACAUUUGAGCAAUGAUCCCCGUUAUUUAUUCAGCCCAGUUCAGAGGCCCAGCAUGAGGGUUAUGCACUACUUAUGUCCAACCUUGAGGACUUAAGCAAUGCAUAGGGCUUCUGUGGGCCCUCUGCACAAGAGUAGAUUUCAUUGUAAGUUCACUGAGAGCUUUGCUAAAUCAUAGUAGAAGGAAGCGUGGAGCCUGAGUGGGAAAGGAACAGACAAAGAGUACAUCUACGCUCAAAAACUGGCAGACCUGCUGCAGUCAGUUUCAGAACCGAGGGAGCUGACUUGGGCUCCUGCUACAGGGCUAAAAAUAACAGCGUAGAUGCAUAGGGCUCUGAGACCCAUAUCCCCUUGCUGGGUUUCAGAGUCUGGUGCUCCAGACCGAGCCUGGACAUCUACACUGCUAUUUUUAGCCCUGUAGUGUGAGCCAUGAAAGCCUAAGUCAGUUGACCUGGGCUCUGAAACUUGCUACUGCAGGCCUUUUUUGUACAAUGUAGACCCGCCCAGACAGUCUAGUGGGGAAAGACAAUUAAGAAGGGGGACAGAGAAAAAUUUCAUUGAAAAGGUAGAUCCAGAAACGAGCAAGGCCACCCAGCCAAUCUUUUGUGGGUGCUCUUCUAAUUUGCCAAAAUAAACACUUCAUAAAGAAACAUGAAUCAUGUACCAGUGAAUUUCUCUCUCUGCCUUGAACAGCAUCCAGCACAGCAACAAAUCAGAGGAGGAGGUGGUGAGCCCUCCCCAAAGGAUUUAGCCCUCUGAUCGGUACAAAAUGACGCCAUUUGAGUGGUUUAGAUUUCAUAUUCAGAGUUGGCUGACGUUUGUGGGCCUCCCAGAGGCUGUGAGGAGGGUGUGUUGAAAGUCAAGGAGAUGGGGGGACCUGGAUGCAGGAGGGGGCUCCAGGGAGCAGUGUGGAAAAAUUUAGCAAGAGAGAGACAAAGCAGGUAGCAAGGCAGGAUGAGUGGGUGGUGUAAUGUAAGGGUGGGGAGCCUGUGGAGAAUGCAGAUCCCACCCCCACAAUGCUAGACCGUGAGCUGAGGAGCCUCGCUGCCAAGAACACACUGGGGUAUCACACUUAGACAUCGGUGGAGACUUCACAUAUGGGGGUGGGUGACGCCCAAGGUCUGGAGCAGGAAUCCACCUGUGUACAUGAUGCUGGAAUUGGGCCUGUUGUUCUCCAGGGCUGCAGUCCAGUCCAAAUUAAGUGGAGCCUCCUGGUAAACGGGCCUUGGCUCAGCAAAAAUGUAGUCAGCCCUGCCCUAGAAAGUCAACAGAUUCUCUCGAGCUAUCUCAUAUUUAUUUAUUUCUAGCUCAUCUCACUUAGGUUGUGCCCCUACCUGCGGCAUUUGAGCUGGACCAUGGGGGGCAUUAUUGAGCCUCAUUCAUUGACACAGCAAGCUAUAGACCAUCUGGCCAAUGGCAGGGUUAAAAAUAGGAGGCCUAGUUCUCAGUUACACUGAGGCCAUUUUAUACUGCGCUGUGGAGCUACCUUAAAAGGCCUCCCUGAAAACAUUACAGGGCUUCCGUGGCUGGUAUAGAUCUCGACACCAGUCCACCUCCCCCAGCAUAAAGAGUGUGGCAGGGCUGUGGCAAGAGAACGGUACACUAUCGCUAUUCUCUACUUACCUGGGCCAGAAGGGCCCAUGAAAAGUAGAGCACAAGCCUUGAGGCUGCACUAACUUGCACCCAGGGCUGGCUCCAGACCACAAAGUUGGCAUGAAGCUAAGUUUCCCUCCACCAAGCGCAAGAACAAAGUAAUUGAGCAUCAGGAUGUGUAGGAGACAGCCACCAGUUUCCUCCUGAGGCUGCAAUGAUGGUGAAAUCAAGGCAGUCCCAGUGAUUUUUUUUUUUAAACUGGAUAGAGUGACUCUGUCCUUAGCCCUGACCACACUUCCCUUACAGAUUUUGAGGGGAUGGAGGGAGAGGGGUCUUUUUAAUGACAUCCUAAGCCUGUGCCAAGAGCCCUACAUGAAUGAAUGGUCACAAGAAUCAAAGUUUUUUGGCAAACAAAUAUUGCACUCCACAAAGGGUCACCCUGACAGAUUUACUUGCCGUAAGUAUUCAUUAUCAGUCUGGUCCACAGAAGACUCCCCUUUCUCCUGGGGUUGGGCGGGGGUCUUAGUUCAGUUAUUUUGUGGCACUCAGUUGUGAAAAGAGCUGAAUUGGUUUAAUGGGGGGGACACGGAAUCCAGCUUGAGGCAUGAGAUUUGAUCUUUCCAGUUCUUUUAUACUGUCAGGUCCAGCACAAACAGUUUGACCCAUUGUAUCCUAUACAUUCCUUCGCUGACAUCAGGUUUGCCCGUGCUACAAACUGGCUGUUGCAUUCUUUUAACUAUAAUUCUCUUUAUUUUAUUUGUCAAAAGCUGCUUAAAGUGACAUUUCAACAUAGUUGUGGAAAAUGGUGACUAAAGGAAGUCUUGGAAUGUCCAGGUGGAUAUAAUGGGUAUUAGCACUGUACAUAACGUUUUGAAUUUUUACCUGAUCUGAUGAAAUAUGUCCACUUAAAUAAUGGAACAAUACAUUUGAGUAUCAAAUGCAUUUCUUAAGUUGGUGUUUGUAAACUGAAAUCCAUCAUGUCAGUUGUACACAUUUGUUAUGUCACUGGUAAUAAAACGGUGGUACUACAUGGCAUUCAAACCAAUAAAUUAUUAUGUUAAAUCAAUG